AUGAGGACUUCAUCCGCGCGCGCCGCCAUCCUUGGGCUUCCGGCAGCUGUAGCAGCCGUCUGCGCCAACAACUGCGGCCGUGCCGUUGCUGGCGAAGCUAGAGACAACCCGCCUUUCAUUAUUCGUGAGGCCCAGUGCUCUGCCUUCGUUACAAGUACCGCCACAUUUACACCCGAGGCGGUAACUGUCACCAUUGACCCUGUCCCUACUUUCGCGACUGAGUGCGAUGGCAUCACCGAGUAUUGGUCAGCAUGCCAGUGCUUUACCGGUGUUGCCCCGACCGUCGUCACCCUUACAGUUCCGACGCCCACGGUUUACGUGACAGCAACUGUCAAUGUACCUCCUGGCCCGAUUGCCAGCUCUUAG